CAGUGCUGUUAUAAGAUCACUGGAGUUAUUCAGCACAUCUUAGAUACGCUGUUUCCAUGAUGAACUUUCUACUUCUUCUCUUCACUUUCAGCCUGAUCGGUCAGGGACAAGGCAGUACCGACUGUUCUGAAAGCAUCAGUAGAGCCUCAGACUCAGAGAUUCAGGAAGUUUCAGAGCGUUUGUACCUUCUGGACUCAAACAAAGCCUCACAAUCAGAGCUCAUCAUCGACCCACAAGCUCUCAUAGACCAGGCUGAUAGUAACAACAGGAACGACCUAUCACCUCAACCGUUGUUUGUGUUUGUGGAUGAGGCAUCUCUCUUCUCGAAGCCAACGUAUGCAGCGUUUCUCGCGUUGCUGGAUAACUAUGAGAAGAAGACGGGCGUGUCGGAGAACUUCGGUUCUGUGGAGUUGCAGGAACAGGAGAACUUCCUGAAAGAGACCAUGAAGAACACAGAGCUGGGCAGAGAACUGUUCUCCUUCUUCUAUACUAAAGGUUAUUACAGUUCAUGGGAGGAGUUUCUCAAUGAUCUCAGGAUGAUGUGGUUCGGUCUUUACUCUCGCAGCAGCGGCGGUCUGGACUCCAGCGGGUUUGAGCACAUCUUCUCAGGAGAGAUUAAGAAAGGUAAAGUGUCUGGGUUCCAUAACUGGGUGAGAUUUUACCUGCUGGAGAAAUCAGGGCUGCUGAACUACUACAGUCACAGUUAUGACGGCCCUUGGACGUCAUAUCCUGAUGUUCUGGGGACACAGUUCAUGUGGGAUGGUUAUUAUAAAUCGAUUGGUUCUGCUCUGAUUGGGUCCAGUCCUGAGUUUGACCUGGCCGUGUACACACUGUGUUACGUCACACGACCCGGAAAACACUGUCGUCUGAGUUUUGGAGGAAAUCAGCAGACCAUCCAGACGUAUACCUGGGACAAAAACACCUACGGGGAAGGAAAGAAGUACAUCGCCUCUGCUUAUCCCGUCACUCCGUAUUAAAGGGAAAAAAAAAAAUCCACUUCAUGAUCAGAAACUGAAAUAAAGUAAUUACAGCAGAUA